CGGGGUGUUUUGUUUCAAAGUCAAUGAUCUGGCAAGAGGAGCUUGUUGAUUUAGCUCGACCUGGCUUGUCUUUCCCUUCCACAUUUGUUCAUUUCUUACUUUCUACUAUAAAUUAGAAAAGCAUAUGAUACGCACUUCAUUCACGUUAUUCCAAAAGAGAAUCUCUGAAAGGCACAGCCGAAUAAAGAAACCCGGAAAGUCUAUGGCUUCUCUUUAGUUUUCCUCCAAAUUCCUGAUUGCAAAUUGUUAAUGUGGGAAUUGGGUUCCUGAGAUAUUUGUGGCUUCUUUCUUAGGUAUUCUGCGAAAUCCAGACUGCAAUUGCUGUUCUGGGUUUUGGGUUCUGGGCUUGAGGAAAAGUUGAUGGCAACUUCACUUAUGGUGGAUGCUGCGACAGGACUGGUGUUUGAUCAGCUAUUCAGAACCGUUUCGAACAUUGUACAAAAACCCAUGAUGUACAGCUCGAACUUGGAGCGUAUGAAGGCGACUCUGACCUCGAUUACUUCAAUCGCAAAAGAAAUCGAUGGGUUUAACAAGGUUUUAGACCGUCGGAAGGAGGAAGUGGAGCAGUUAAUGACGAUAAUAAAGGAAGGCGAGGAACUUGUUCUCAAGUGUGCGAAAAUCAAACGGUGGAAUUUGUAUAAGAAGUCACGUUACGCUGACAAGCUUCGUGAGCUAGAAGAGGCAUUGGUCAGUUUCUGUCAGAUGGCUAUGCAAUUCCAACAAACAAGGGAUCAAAAGGAGACACUGUUGGAGGUGAAAGAUCUUCGUAUGGAUUUGAGGAGAUUGAGCUCGAAAGAAAGCAAUGGUGGGUUCUGUAGUCAGGCUGGGUUCAUGGGUAUGUGCAACCCCACUAAGCAAACUGAGUCUACAAUAGGAUUGGAUGUGCCAUUGGAGGAAUUAAAGUGGCAGCUUUUCAAGGAUGGGGAACAAGUGAUUGUAGUGUCUGCUCCUGGAGGAUCUGGAAAGACUACAUUGGCUAAAAUGCUGUGUUAUGAUGAAGACGUUAAAGGCAAAUUCCAGGAGAACAUCUUCUUUGUCAACGUCUCUAAAUCAGCCAGCUUGAAGGCCAUCAUACAGAAAAUAUUCCAGCAUAAGGGAUCCCAAGUGCCCGAGUUUCAAUGUGAAGAAGAUGCAGUUAACGCCUUGGAAAAAUUACUGAACAAAACUGGGCCGUACCCUAUAUUGUUGGUCUUGGAUGAUGUUUGGUCUGGAUCAGAGUAUAUUAUUGAUAAGUUGAAGUUACACAUAACAGAUUACAAGAUUCUAGUGACAUCAAGAUUUGUGUUUCCAAGAUUUGGAUCUACAUAUAAGUUGGAAAAGUUAAAUGAUGAAUGCGCCAUGACUCUUUUCCGUCAUUCAGCAUGCUUGACAGAUGGAAGCUCUCCCAUACCCGAUGAAGAUCUUGUAAAUAAGAUAGUAAAAAGCUGCAAGGGAUCCCCACUGGUCCUGAGUGUGGUUGGAAGAUCCCUUUGUGGACAGCCUGAAGCAAUAUGGCAAAGCAGGGUGAUGGAAUGGUCUGAAGGUGGAUCUAUUUUUGAUUCCAACUGUGAGUUGCUUGAUCGUCUACAAAGUAGCUUGGAUGUUUUGGAUAAUAAGCGGAAGGCAUGUUACUUGGACCUGGGUGCAUUUUCCGAAUACCAAAUGAUUCCUGCCACAUCCCUAAUUGAUAUGUGGUAUGAAUUGUACAAUCUACCUGGUGUUCAUGUAAUUGCUAACCUCUACGAUCUUUCAUUCCGGAAUCUGAUAGAUCUUUUCGUCACAAGGAAAGAUGAUGGUGAUGACAGCUGCUACAAGGACUACUUUGUCAGGCAGCAUGAUCUUCUAAGAGAGCUUGCUAUCUGUCGAAGUAUCUUAGAACCAAUCGAAAGGAGGGAAAGAGUAUUUCUAGAUAUUGGUGGAGACAAUACUCCUGAUUGGUGGAUAGAACGAAAGCAGAAGCUCAUCCAUGCCCGCCUACUGUCUAUCUCUACAGAUGAAACAUUCUUGUCAACUUGGUGUGACAUACAAGGACCUGAAGUUGUGGCUCUAGUUCUUAAUUUUAGGUCUCAGAACUACAAAUUACCAGAGUUUAUCCAAAAAAUGGACAAACUGAAGGCUUUGAUAAUUACAAAUUAUGGUGUUUCCGCAUCUGAAAUAAGCGAUCUUUUUGUUCUCGGUUCCCUCUCCAAUAUAAAGAGAAUCAGACUGGAGCUGGUUUCACUCCCUUCCCUAUCCCCUAUACAACUGCAUAAUCUGCAAAAGCUAUCCUUGGUCAUGUGUAAUGUUGGUCAAGCCUUCAGGUGCUGUACAUUUCAGAUGUCACAUGCAUUCCCAAAUCUUGUCGAGGUCAACUUUGAGUAUUGUAAUGAUCUUGUGGAAUUUCCUGCUGGACUCUGUGAUCUUGUCCACCUCAAGAAGCUCAGUAUCACCAAUUGUCAUAAGCUGUCUGCACUGCCAAAUGAAAUUGGAAAGUUGGUGAACUUAGAAGUGUUAAGACUUAGUUCGUGUAUUGAUUUGUUGGAGUUGCCAGACACCAUUGGAAGCCUUUCUAAGUUACGUGUUCUCGACAUAUCAGACUGCUUGGGCAUCGAAGAACUGCCAACACAGAUUGGAGAUCUGCAUAAUUUGAGAAAGCUACACAUGAUAGGGUGCUCAAGUUGUAAGCUGCCAUCGACAAUCUCCAGUCUUGGAAAUUUGGAUCUUGUAACUUGCGACGAAGAAACAUCCUUCUUGUGGGAAGCUUUCAUGUUUCGCCUUGCAAAGUUGCGGAUAAAGGUGCACAAGGAGGAUGUGAACCUAGACUGGCUUCAUAAUCUUCGAUUCUAAGUUCCAACAUUUAUUUUCAGAUAAUGAUGAGGCAGCAUUUCUUGUAUGUAAUAUGGCUGCUCCUCUCAUCUCUUGUGCUGUAAGUAUUUACCAUUCUCUGAUGGGAGUUACAUUAAUAUAAUACUGAUUGUAAAUUUGCAUAUCAGUAAACGUAGGAAAAAAUUUCAUGGUGGAUUAGGUUUCUUGCGG